CAAGCUAUAAUCAGUAACCCUGGGGUAUAGAAAUAAUAGAGUCCCGUGCCCUGCUUCUUCCGUAUUCAAAUCAUCAGCUUUCAAGACUUCAACCCAUCCAGCAGUUCUUCCAAAUCCAUUCCAGGUAUGAAUAUCAACUACCGCCUCUAUUUUAUUUGCAUAUAUGUUAUUAAUGAUCAGAUCCGUCUAAUGAAUUUGGAUGUCCCUGUUCAAAAUAAAACUUUGAGGCUCCGUUUUAAUAUGAAAAAUUAAAAAAUAUUCUUAAUCCAAAUUCUUAUUAUACUCAAUCAAUUGAAUACUCAUCAAAUAAUGCAAUUAAAAAUUACAGUAGUAAUUUGCCCCCUUUCAAAUAACUAAUCUUUAUAUUUUUUUCGUAAAGUGUUUCAUAUUUAAUAAGACAUUAUUAUACAGAGUAGUGGAAUGUGAAUUUAGUUGUAACUCAUAUUUAUAUACGAUACUAUACACUAUUACAUUAUUAUAUUAUAUAAUUAAUUAAUUAAUUUUAGUGACCUAAAAAUAAUAUAGUACUACUAGUACCUUAUAAAUAUGGGGGCCAUGGGAAGCGGGUGUGUUCUAUUUAACCGUGUUCUAUUUAACCUAAUCAAUGCUAAAAGACAGCUCUAUUAGUGAUCAUAAAGCUUUUCCUGUUUCUUGAAAUAGGUUUGCGCAAAUCUUUUUAUUAUGUAUUACCCUAAACAUCAGACCAUUCACUCAUUCAGCUAAUUCUUCAUGGCUGAUCCCUUUUCCUCAGCUCGUAAAACUGGGAAAGAGUGCGUUUAUGUUUUGGAAAUUGUACAAACAAGUCUUUUUGAGGAAAAUGAGCGUUUUUCAUUUCCUAUUUCCUCAUUAUUUGCAACAUAGCUACUCCUUUAUCUGGAUUGCCUCUUUUUUUUCUUCCUUUUAUGUAUAACGCGGACAACAUCUACAAGACUACAACCCUGUCUUCAGAUAUCUUCUUUUCCCAUCCUUUCCAUUUGGGUUCUAUUUUUACAAAUAAAACUGGGAUGAUACUCCAAAUAAAAUUCAAAUGUUUUAUAUUUGUAAAUUUUAAGGUUUGAAUUUUAGUUUCUUUUCUUCUUCUUAUGCUUUAUCAACAAUAUUUGUGUCAUUGUGUGUCUGGCGCGCUAAAACAAGUUCCUAAGAUUAAUUUUGGUCAGGGCCGUCUAAUGAAUUUGGAGGCCCCAGUUCAAAAUGUAAAAGCGGGGCCCCAAAUUAAUAUAAAAAAUUAUUAAAAAAUCUCAAUCGAAAUAUUUAUACUCAAAUCAACGGAAUACUCAUUAAAAGAGAACUAAAAGAGUAAAAUGACUAACGAAAAAAUGAUGUAUUUAUAUUAAUAUUAAUAUAAUUACUAAUAAUUUUUUAAAAUAUGGGGCCCCUUAAAUUUGGGGGCCCUGUUCUGGAUAACCUAUUAAACCCCCUAAAAAACGGCCCUGAUUUUGGUACUUAUACAGAAAGUAAGAUGAGGACAUAAUUGCUACCUAGCAGUUUGGGAAUUCUCAAACUUGGCUCCUAAAUUAACCAUCAGUUUGCCUACUCUACUGUAAUUAUUAAUUAACAUCUCUUAACAUCGUCCGCUUCAAUUCUUAAACAACACAAACUCAGAAAUUAUAAAUUUUAUUUUAUUUUUAAAAAAAGUUCCCAGUGCUCAUCACUUGUUCUUCAUUUUUUUCACUUUCAUUGGCUUCUGUUGAUUUUUUCAUCUGUUGGUCUGCUCAGCUCCUAAUCCUUAUGCUUUAGAAAAGCAUUUUAUUUCUUCUCUAUAGAAGAGCUUGUUAGUUUGUCAUUUGUAUUUUUACUUUAUUAUUUUCAAUUGUGUAUGUCAAUAAAUGUCUAAAUCAUAUUCCAAGAAUUACAAUUUAAGAAGCAAGUAAAAGAUUUGAUCCAUAGACUUCCUGUUGAGAGGAAUGAAAAUAAUAAGAUGUUGAUGCUACAAAUUUUGAUGAGAGAAGAAGCUCGAUCAUUUUGACAUGGAGGAUGACGACUGAUGAGUGAUGAUCACUGGCGCUUAAUGAAAUUAUUAUAGAUUAAUGACUACUUAAAUAUUUUGGUUUAUAAUUUACAUUAGAUAUGUUUGAUUUUAUUUAUGCUUAAAAGUGUCCUUUUUAGUGAGAAAGGUAUAUAUAUGCUUCACUUAGCGCUUUCCCUUUUAAGCAAGAUCCCACCUCAGACGACUUUUCGCUUUAAAAAUGUUCGAUCACGAGUUCACGACAAAGGAAUUUAUUGAUCGUUCUAAAUGAUAAGCCCAAAUUGUAAGUAAAUUGUAAGGAAUUUACUACGUACAAAUCUUUAUGCUAACUGUGCAUCAAGAAUUCAAUACAAGUUAUUUUUGGUGUAAUUAAUUACUUUCUGUUUGUUUGAUGGUCAGAUAUGAGGUGGUUUAACGUUUUUCUUCACUUUACUAAUCCAUGCUACCUCUAUUCCAAGAAAAUAUUUCAUAACCCCCAAGUCCUUGAUGGAAAAGGUGGCGGCAAGGUACAAUUUAAAUUAAUCUAUCAUGGCGCGAUCAUUUCCAGUUGUCAAGAGGUCAUCGACGUAUAUGACUACACAUAGUAUUCAAGUGUGUUCAUGUUAGUACAUUUGAUAUGCUAAUACUUAACUAUGAAGGUGAGAAGGCACUUAUGUGGCUUAAUGAAAUACAAUAUGUUCAUGUUAGUACAUUUGAUAUGCUAAUACUUAACUAUGUCUAAAUCAUUAUCUUGCAGUAAGCCACUUCUCAAUUAUAGCUUCCUUAAUAAGCAAGGCAAGGACUUUCUGUUUUGUAUCAAUUUUACUGGGUUAUUGUGCUGGAAAUGCAGUUCAAACUUGAGAACUUACUGUUUUGUAAGUUUAUUAUGUACUAGUAUUGUUAUUAGUAUCUCACCUUGAAGUACAAAAUGGCUCGUGUAAGUGAAAACAAAAGAUGAUAUGCAUACUCUGGUUUUUUAAUCCACUUUGAUAUUUUUACUAUCAUACUUUUGAAUCAAGAGUUCUUUGAUAGAGGUACCCAAAUUUUUGCAUAAGACUAGGAUGAACUCUUCCGUAAAUCCUCUUUGAAUGUUUUUUCCAGUUUUGUCUAAACCUCCAUCUACAAUCUUCCGGACUGAUAGUAUUAUUGUUUCUAAAGUUAGCAAUACCUCUGUACCCAAACUACUUUUUUUUCAUCUACUUGUUCUGCUCCUAAUGAAAAUGUAAUGCAAACCACAAAAUUCCAUUCCUUCUCUAAAGGUAAAUGAGAACAAGUAUUUUGGAUGGUCCAAAAAGAAAAGUAGGAAGAGUAUUGUGGACGGAGGGAGUGCUAUUUGUUUGAAACUGAUUUCCUGAUCUAAUAUGCGCCAGAUUUUCUCAUUAUCAUUGGACUUUAUCUAUUUUACCUAUCAGCAUUUAAUGCUUUUGUUUUUUUAUAGUUCAUUAUGCUUAUAUUUAACUGUCAGCUAUUCGUUUAACUUUAUGUUCAUGCAGUAACACUACAACAAAAAGUAUCAAUUCCGUCCAAACUUUUUGCGUCAACCAAACUGGACGCUAAUAACAGGUCAUUUGCGUUAAUAUGUUAACGCGAAAAAUUAUAUACAAAAACUAUACGUCGAUAACAUUAGGUCAUCCCAGUUGUCGACGCUAAAAAUAUACUCCAUACGCCGGUAUUAAAGCUUCAGAGAUACGGAGUAAAACAAAACCAAAACCCUAGCUACUUGCUGAGAGAAAUGGAGCGUGUGAGGGGAAAUCAAGAGGCAGAUGAGAAAUGAAGACCCCUCCUCGUUACAAUAUACAUCCCAAAUGGGUUGAAGAUCUAGGUGAAUCCAAGGAGAAGCAAUUUGAGGUUGAAGGGGUGAAGAAGAACCUCGAUUUCUGUCUCAAGAACAGUGAGAACGAAGCUUUGUCUUGUUUUUCAGUGGCCCUGAUGUGUUUUUGCAGGUUUGUCAAGCUCUAUUCUCCAGAUUUACUUCAAUUUACCGCAACAUCCAUGCUUAUCUUCACCAUAUUUGGAUUUGCCGGCAUCUCAAAUUCACUCUGUUCGUUAGUAGGUUUAACUCAUGAGUUGGGUUGCUCAAGUGUUGAUCAUGGUACUUUACCAUUGCUAACAGUUCAUAAAUUUUAUAAGGUCAUAGUUUCAUAGAUAUUGGAAUGUUUGUAAAUUCUGUCCGGGAGAAGGAAUAUAAUCAAAUCCAGCAGUAUAUAUACAUUGUGAUUUACAGAAUUUACAGAUCAUAUGAAAUGGUUUCCACCAGAAAAAGCAUAUUGAACACAAAGGCUCGAAAAUGAGGUUUAAGCUUAUGUUCAUCGGAGAAGAAACAACGGCAGCUUAUGGAGCUUCUGAGCUGACAGAUGAACCUAAAAGGAUAGUUGAUCCGGUUGAUGGUACCACUAAAUUUGUCCAUGGGUUUCCUUUUGUGUGUGUCUCCAUUGGUCUCACAAUUGGGAAAAAACCAACUGUUGGCGUUGUCUACGUACAACUGUUGGUCAGUGCAUAGAGACGGUUGGUUAGUGAUGGUUUAGUCUCCCCGGCUCUUAUGUCUUACUAGGUAUUAUUCAGUGUGAUAAUGUCUGUUUCUCGAGGCUCUUGCAUUUUUUACUCCAAUAUGGCAGGUUGCGACUGAUCAUGGCGUUGUCUACAAUUGUUGAUGGGGUUUCCAGUAGAUUUGGAGUUUUUUGGAGAAGUGCUCUAAUCCAUGAGAAGAUUCAAAUAUUGUCCAUUUGACUUUUGGCACAUGAUUCAAAUCAUGUCAAUUAGUUGUAUUUUGAAAUUAUAGUAGUUUUACAUUUUAAUUUAGUUAUUUUGGCUUGUUAUUCUCGCUUAGCUUUUUAAACUUGUAUUUAUGCUUAAUUUGAAAGUACGUUAGAGUGAUUUGAUAAAUUUUUACUGUAAAUUUAUGCAUUUUCUGUAUUUUAGGAUCUUGUGAUGAC